CUUAGUUAAAUUUCCCCACCCCCACCCCCAUCAAGUCGCAGCCCAUAACAGACUGGAUUCUGUUGCCCUGCGCUGAGGUUCUGCCCUCCCGUUUUCUGCUUAGCAUUUGGGGUAGGACUUUGAAAUUAGGAAAGACGUUGAGGAUCCCUGUGGCUAUCCUCGGAGAGGGGAGAUGGAAAUGGGGCGUUAUGUACCCCGUGGGGUUCAAGGAAGGGAAAAGGGAGGGUAAUGAACAGGGAUGGGCCAGGAAAGGAGAAGGAAGGGUUAGAAGAUGGGCAGGACAGGAGAAGGUAUGGGAAUCCUAGAGGAUGGGCAGUUCAUUCAUUCAUCCAUUCAUCAAGCAUUUAUUAUGCACCUACUUUGUGCAGAGAUAGUGGGGAAUGGGAAGGCAUAGUCUUUGACCUGGUGGAGCUCAGAGUUAAGAGAAGCAGCCCCACAGGAAAGCAGGAAAUUUUACCUUGGUGUGAUAAAUGCUGUUAGGGAUGCAGACUUCAGAGCGUGAAGGGAGUGGGCCAGAGGUGAGCCCCGGUGUGAUGCCUGAGGCUCUCCCAGAGUCUCCACCUGCCCCUGCCAAGUCCCCAGCGUUUGAUCUUUUCAACUUGGUUCUGUCCUACAAGAGGCUGGAGGUCUACCUGGAACCUCUGAAGGAUGCAGGUGAUGGUAUCCGGUACUUGCUCAGGUGGCAGAUGCCUUUGUGUUCCUUGCUGACCUGCCUGGGCCUCAACGUCUUGUUCCUCACUUUGAAUGAGGGUGCCUGGUACUCAGUGGGCGCUCUGGUGAUUUCCGUGCCUGCCGUCCUGGGUUACCUUGAGGAGGUUUGCCGGACUCAGCUGCCUGAGUCUGAGCUGAUGCGGAGGAAGUACCACAGCGUGAGGCAGGAAGACCUGCAGAAAGUUCGCCUGUCUCGCCCCGAGGCCGUGGCCGAGGUGAAGAGCUUCUUGAUCCAGUUGGAGGCCUUUCUGAGCCGCCUGUGCUGCACCUGCGAGGCCACCUACCGUGUGCUGCGCUGGGAGAACCCCUCCGUGUCUUCACAGUUCUAUGGGGCUCUUCUGGGCAUGGUUUGCAUGCUGUAUCUGCUGCCGUUGUGCUGGGUCCUUGCCCUUUUAAACAGCACGCUCUUUCUGGGGAAUGUGGAGUUCUUCCGAGUGGUGUCUGAAUACAGGGCAUCUCUGCAGCAGCGGAUGAACCCCAAGCAGGAACAGUGUACCUUCGAGAGCCUACCACCACCAGAUGCUGGGGGCAAAGGUGCCCUGCCGGACUACACACCUGAGCCCACGCCCACGCCCACAGAGGACCUCACACCAGGCAGUGUUGAGGAGGCCGAGGAGGCUGAGCCCGAUGAGGAGUUUAAAGAUGCCAUUGAGGAGACCCACUUGGUGGUGCUGGAGGAUGAUGAGGGUGCCCCGUGCCCAGCAGAGGAUGAGCUGGCCCUGCAGGACAAUGGGUUCCUGAGCAAGAACGAGGUGCUGCGCAGCAAGGUGUCACGGCUCACGGAGCGUCUCCGCAAGCGGUACCCUACCAACAACUUCGGGAACUGUACAGGCUGCUCGGCCACCUUCUCAGUGCUGAAGAAGAGGCGGAGCUGCAGUAACUGUGGAAACAGCUUCUGCUCUCGGUGCUGCUCCUUCAAGGUGCCCAAGUCCUCUAUGGGGGCCACAGCCCCUGAAGCCCAGAGAGAGACUGUGUUUGUGUGUGCUUCAUGUAACCAGACCCUGAGCAAGUGAGAAGAGGGGCCAGGGUCCAAGCAGGCACCAGUCCCUGGGGCCAGCAGUAGACCCACUCCCCCUAACCCCUAGCCCCAUGAGGUGUGUGCUGGGCAAAUGUGGCCCAGAUGCUAGCUAGGCUUUCCUUCUCUGCCCUCACUGUCUCCAGUGGAAUCCUAGAGCCGUUCCCCACUCCUGCAGAUGGCUGGUAAUGGCUGCCCUCAAAUUGCAGAGAGGAGAGGAACCCCUGGAAGGCCUGGCAUGUUUACCUUGCUCUACCCUGGGCUGGUAAGGAAAUACAAGCUAGAGGGCAGAGUUAGCCAGGCUUAGUCUCAACUGGGAUUUCUGAGGAUCAGGACAUUUCUCCACAUCAGGGAAUUCCAGGAGACCGAGAUCAGAGAUUGGGAAAAGAGAUUUUUUUCUCUUGCUGGGUGCUGGGCCAAGCCCUUGGUCUUUGAGUGCCAGCAGAAAGGUUUGGGGAUGCCAUGCUGCAACUCUGCUGUUUGAAUGUCCCUCCAGGCAUCAGGAUCUCAUUUUCCUAUCAAAGGAUGUGGCAGGGCUGACAAGACCAAAAGUGCUUCUGGAAACAGGGUUGAGGUUCCCAAGUUCCCCCAGAGGAGGACAUGUUUAGGAGGUCCUGGCAGAGUCCUUCGGUAUUAAGGAGGGCAAAUGAUCCCAGCAGCUCAGAGGACCUCAGCCCCACCUUAUGGAGACCUUGACUUGCAAACUGUCAGCCACAUACCAGCCUGUGUCCUCAGCAACUCUGGGUAGAUGCUGGGCAUUCAGAUCUCUUCAGCUCCUCCCUGCUCAGAGCCUCGUGCACCUUCUUGACCCAGAGCUACAUUUCCCUUCUCAGCCCCUCAUCUCAUGGAGUGUGAGACCAAGAGAGCAGAGCAGAGGUCCUGAAGUCCUUGACCCUUGGGGUCCUGGGAAAUGAAGGAUAUUGCUGGCUAGGUCCUACAUUCCAGGGCUGUUCCCCAGCAGGACAGUCUCAGUUUUGAGAUAAGGCCACUUGGGGUUCCCAUCCUCUUUCCAACAACUUCAUUUUUACUUCUGGACUCUGAGGGGCUCAGUGUCUCUCCCUAAGCCAUGAGUGAGCUCAGGCAUUCUUUCCUUCUCCUGGAGCUGCUCUGCCUUUUUGAAGUAUUUAUUUAUUGCUUGGUUCCUGGGAAUGUGUGGCACAAGGAAUGGGAUGAGGAGGAUGGGUGGCGGCUUCUACUCUAGGAUGCUUCUCUGGAGUCAUGGGCUGCCUGGGACCCAGACCCCUAAGGAGGCAGGCUGGGGAGACAGGGACCAUCCAAGGUCAGCUUUGGGGCCAGGCCAACCAGUCUAGUGAGGGCUGGACAGCCAGGGGCCUGCUCCAGGCCAGGGGUGUACACAUCCCUGGAGAACCACAUGGGCCUUGGUAUACCCCCAUCCCCCAGUGCCUUUGUCUUGUUCAGAGACGUGAGUGAAGUACCCCGUGCUUAUUUACACUGGAGAGGACCUAAAAAAACACCGAGAGGACCUAAAAGGAUCUCUGUAUAUAUGGAGAAUUGUCAAUAAAAAGGCCUCAAGCUUC